AUGGACAUACCUGAAGGAAAUAAAGAAGUCGUGACCCAGCAACCCAAGGUGGAUGAUGUUCAAACAUCGGAAAACCAAGAUCAAUCCCCGCGGCCUAUCUCACCAUCUUCUAUUCAAGUCUUGGAGGAAUUCAUUUACCACAACUAUAUGGACAUCAUCCAAGCCAUCACCACGAGGAAUACCAUGGGAAUCUGGGCCCAAGCACUCAGAUGCCAUAAAGAGGAGACAGAAGAGUACCGGCAGAUGCGGUCUAAAGUUGGCAGGGUGUCAUUUCCUGUGGGGGAGCUAUUCAAUGUACCGAUAGAUGAAAUAACUAAAGAGUUGAAAGGACAAGGGGUUAGCCAAGUACGGCGUAUAUCUAUACGGAGAGAUGGCCAGCUCCUAAAUACCAAACAUCUGGUUCUUACUUUUAGUUUCAACAAAUUACCAGAGUACAUUAAGGUGGGGUACAUGCGCCUGUUGGUUCGACCAUAUAUACCGAAUCCGCUUCGUUGUUUUAAGUGCCAACGGUUCGGAUAUUCAAGAACUUCUUGCCGAGGGACACCAACUUGCGCCCGCUGUGCAGAAAUAGGUCACGAUAGUUCGGAAUGCACAUCUAGGGAGAAAUGCUUUAAUUGUCAAGGUACACAUACUUCCUUUUCUCGAAACUGUCCAGCAUGGCAGUUAGAAAAAACAAUAAAUAGUACAAAAAUUAAGAAACAAAUUUCUUACUCCGAAGAUCGUAAACUUGUAAAAUCUCAAACUCCUGUAUCUGGUACCAGCUACUCUUUUAUGAUCAAAAAACCACCUGCAACUGAUCUUAUUCAAAACAAAAGAAACAAUAUACUUACUAAUAAUACUCCCGAAUCCGCUAUUGUAACGUCAUUGCCAGUAGAUCUCAAUAGUAAUAAUGUUAAUUAG